AUGAGUUUAGGUUUGCCCAUUUUGAGACGUUUAACUAGCCAAGCUCUUAAAAUGACAUUAGACAGAUAUAUUUGGAUUGAUUUGGAAAUGACAGGAUUGAAUCCGGAAACAGAUACUAUUUUAGAAGUUGCAUGCAUUAUUACAGAGCCUGACCUAAAUCCUUUGAAUGAAGGAAUGCAUUUUGUAAUUCAUCAAAAUGAUAAUGUACUAAAAUCAAUGAAUGAAUGGUGUUUGGUGCAUCAUGAAAAAUCUGGAUUAAUUUCUGAAUCUAGAGCUAGUCCUCAUUCUUUAAAAGAUGUCGAAGAAAAACUAUUCAAUUAUAUUAAGUCGAAUACUUUUAUAGAUGGAACAAAUUACUUGGCUGGUAAUUCUGUUUAUAUGGACUUAUUAUUUCUUAAAAAAUAUAUGCCAUCAAUUCCAACCUUUCUUCAUUAUAGAUUAAUAGAUGUUUCAUCGUUAAAAGUUCUCUGUAAUCAUUGGUAUUCUUAUGAGUUAAAAAAUUGCAAAAAAGAAGUAAGUCACAGAGCUUUGGAUGAUAUUAAAAAUAGCAUUCAAGAACUUAAAACUUACAAAAAUAUAGCAUUUAAGUAA